CCGCAACGCGCUCCCUCAAACCCCUCGUCGCCAGUUCCUAGGACAUGGCCUCCGCUUCAAGCACACUGACGGACUCGGACCCUGAUCAAGUAAGAGCGCAGGCGGCGUUCACAGCAAACCUCCGAAUCAUAGGCUCAAUGACAAUCGGCGGCGCGUUCUACGGGUUCAUGUCCACCGCGGCAGCCCUAUGCGCGCAUUCGCUCAUCCAGACUCGCCAAUCCCGCUCGCGGAAACAUCUCGUGUUCCUUCUUGCAUACGUCGGCACACUUUGGUUAGCAGGUACGACAGCGAUUGUGGGCAUGUCUGGAAUCGUCAUUGAGACGUACGUAAUUCACGCGUCAACCUCGCUCGAGAGCCCGUACGUGCAGAAUCUCGCUCCGGGGGGGUUCACUAUGGUUGCGGAUAUCCCUUUUUGGAUAAUUUGCAUGCUUUCGGACGGUAUGAUGGUCUGGCGGUUCAAGGUUGUUUGGUCAAUGUCACAUUUCUAUCGCUACCUGAUAGCCGCACCUGUUAUCCUCUAUCUGGGAACAUCGAUUCUCGGGUUUCUUGCUUUCAUAGUCUUUGGUAACCACCCUGUCACGGCCGGCAAUGAUACCUACAACUUGUAUCUUGUCACUACCAUGUUUAUAUCCUCUUUCUGCCUCAAUGUCUACAUCACCGCCUUCAUAGCGGGCCGUCUCUUUCUGUACAGGCGCCGCUUUAAAGCUAACUGGGGGUCACCCGACACAAGCCACUACUCAUCUAUGGGUAGCAUACUUAUCGAGUCAUACAUUCCCUUAACAAUCUGCACCAUCCCCUUCCUGGCGACGUAUCUCCUGAACCAUCCGGCCGAGUAUAUGGCAGCCCUAAUUCUCGGCGAGAUGCAGAUCAUCGCGCCACUCGUGGUCAUGAUCCGCGUUUCACGCGGGGUUGCAUGGGGUUCGUCGACCGCGCCACAGUCACUAGAGGACGUGGUGGACAGAAUGAUCGAAGCUCACGAGCUGCGAACGGUGCAGGGUGCAGUUUGAAGGAGUGAAGUUUGUUGGCGCUUGGUCAUAGGGAAAAGCAAACAGUGACACCUCGAGUCUUGCCCAUGUAUUGCCAUCGUUUGCGCUGUGUUGUGUUAUGAUAUGCUACGGCGGUUUCUAUGGCAAUAGGUGGACGCAUGACAUAGCGGCUUAGUGCACACAUGGGCUCGUUUUACGUUACUACUCGAGAAUGAUGAGAUUCUUCUGCACUAAUCAAUCCAGUAAUGUACAAACUCGUUUUUUCAUAUCGUUCCACAUUCGUUU